AUGAAGAGAGCCUCGAAUUCCAGCCUUUAUGCCAUCAGUGUUGACGCUGUAGCACCACCUUCCCCAUCUAAGCGUAGGAGCUCAGCUUCGGACGAGUCAGAUAUCUCUUCGGCUUCGCCGACCACACCAAUCAAGCCGUUGCGCUCGAGCCUGUCCAAGAAGGCGCCGCCACCAGGAAGCAUGGCCGCCAUCAACUCGGUCGGCAGCAGCAGCUCGACCAAUUACCAGGGCAUGUACCUCAGCUUUGUCAUCAAUGCGCUAUCAGAGAGAGAGAAGGGCAAUACCGGGCCAUACUACGAGCUUCUCGUCCAAUUUGCCGAGCCAUCAACGGGCAGAUCAGGUGCUUCGGCCUCUUCCCUGCGCUCUCUGCUUGCGGCUCUGUCGCACGUCGUGUCGGAUCUUGAUCGAUCCCAUGCCAAACUGGUGGAGAGCAUCUUUGCUCUACCAUGGACCUCGAUGGACGACAGCUUUGCGCAGAUGUGGAUCAAGUUCGUAUGCAGCUUAGUUAGCGCCAGAAGCGAGUGGCUUUCGGUCAUCCUCACAAAAGCCACCAAGGCGUUGUCGUAUCGUCUCGAAUGGUUGCCGUACCAAUUUGCUGAUGAGUUGGGCAAAAGAUCCGUCUCCACGCUCAAGCGAAAACAGGUGUACGAGCGAGUUCAUCUUCUGAUUCGUUCGCUUUUGAGCGUCGUACCCACGCUGCCUGGUGUAUUGGGACCCUUGCUUGUCCAGUUCUUACCGCACAAGAUGGUGCACAGGUCCGAUCAGCUUGUCUAUGUGCGCAACAUUCUGCACGUCAGCGAGUACUGUGCAGAGCUCUCCGAGGCGAUUCUGGGUGCUGUUAUUGAUCGAGCCAUUCAGCUCGACGUCGAGAUCCAGGUUGAACUCGAUGAAUUCGACGAUGACGAAGCCGAAGAGCUCGGAUUGGAUUUCGAAGAUCCAUUCGAGCAGGCUCUCGAUGACAUCGAUGACGGAGACAGCUCCGACGAUGACGAUGAGAGCGAUGCGGGCGACUUUGCAGAUAACCUCUCGGAUCUCUCGGAUGAGAACUACGAGCAAGGCGUGGCGACCGAAGAGCAGAAGCGCACGCAGGAGGAUCUGCAAAGAUCCAUGCGACGCAUUCGCGAAUCCGUGGCCAAGCUCGACGCCAUCAUGAUUGCGCUCUUUGAGCAUCUGCGUAAGCUCGAUGCACAGUACGUCGCCGGUGCCAACAGCUUGAACUACAGCAGCCCCAUGGAUUCUGAGGCGAAUCGUCGAAAUCUCUUUCACACGCUGCUUUCCAUCUUUGCGCGUAACAUUCUACCCACUUUCCGAUCACGCCACGUUCAGUUCCUGCUGUUCUGGUUCAACUCGUUAGACCCGGAGUUCUCAGACUACUUUCUCGGCGUAUUGCUCGAAAAGAGCCUGUACAGCAAGAGAGUGGACAUGGGGCAGAAAGACGAGCCGGCAGUGAUCCGAUCCGCUGCAGCAGGGUAUGUGGCUAGUUUUGUCAGCAGGGCCUCGUACGUAGAUGGGCCGACGACGCGAGUCGUCUUGUACAAUCUGUGCGCGUUCCUAGAUGCGCAUAUCGACGAGAGCAGCCGCACAGAUACCGAAGCGGGCUCAGCGGCGCCAGGAACAGGUACACAUUCGGUGUUUUACUCGGUGGUUCAAGCAGCUUUUUAUAUUUUCUGCUUCCGAUGGAGAGAUCUUAAGAUCACCGACGAAGAGCAGGAUGGCGGUGCUGACGACCUCGAUUAUCACGACGCCGACGAGAUCGGUGGAGGCAUGCACGACAGUGUGGGAAGUCUGGGUCAGUUUGGCGCCGAAGCGUGGUGUGAUGGGUUGACAUCGUUGCAAAGAGCGGUGACUUCGCGAUUGAACCCGCUCAAGUAUUGUUCGGCCAAUGUGGUCAAACAGUUUGCGAGGAUCGCUCAGCAUACCGGGUUCCUGUACUGCUAUUCGAUCAUCGAGGCGAACAACCGCUCUGUGAGGGGGAUCAAUCGAAGUAUUCCGGUUUCAAGGUCGACCAGUCUGAACAGGCUCCAGCUGGACGGCUCAGGAUCGGCGACUCCCAUGAGUCAGGACGGCAGCGAAAGAGGUACGCCGCGACCCGACUCGCUCGAUACGGAAGCGACUAAGAAGGAGACGGUGGUGACAACGUCUUCGGUGCUCGAAUCGUUCUUCCCGUUCGACCCAUACAAGUUGGAGUCGUCGGCAUCGUUUAUCGAGCCUCUGUAUCGGGAGUGGGCCGAAGUGGCACCUGAUGAGGACGGACAAGACUCGUCCGAGGAUGAAGAUGACGAUGAUGACGAGGCGGAUGAUGUCAGACGCAACGAGUCGGUGGCAAUUGGAGGGCUGGCUAUCCCGGGAUCAAAAUCGCGCCCUCGAACGUAUAGCAACGAGGAGGAAGAGGAAGAAGAGGACGAGGACGAGGAUGGGAACAGCUCGUCGUUCGUCUCGCAAGUCGAGGCUAUGAGCAUCAGUCCGUAUCUCGGCUGA